GUGGUUUUCGACACGCAGUUAAACAACGACGAGAAGGUGAAUAAACAGCUACCAAAGUUUUUCCAUCUUGAGUAGAAAAUAAAAGAAGUUGAAGGGCUAUAAAUACAUGUGUAUAAAUCUGUGUUGAAGUGCAAACCAAGCGGAAUUUAAAAGAAAAAGAAUUUCAACGAAGAAAUAACACUAUAGUUAAGGAAAAAUUUUGUUUCCUGGUCGCCAUUUAGAAAGUGUUUUAAUACACGAAUACCAACGCAGAGUGUAUACAUAUAUUAGUGGAGAGUUUGAGAUGUAGAGGAGUUGCCCGACGUAGAAAAAAAUAUAUAUAUUUCGGAAACUGUUACAACCCUAUGCUCUGGAUGGCUUUCCACUACGCGAUAAAGAAAAUAAAUAAAAACAAUAUCAAAAACGAAUUAAUAACGAAACCAACAAAUAACGGCUGGUUAAAUAUUUUGUGGAGAUUUAAUUUUGGUGAUUUUUGUGGCUACGGUAAUUUGACAGGUACAAGUUUUAUCGGUCACAAAGAAAAACAAACUUAGUUACAGCAGCAUUUGCCUCCACGAGCAUCUCUCCACUCCUUAAUCGUUUCAUAAAAAACUUAUUCGUCGCGAUAAAUUUACUCGCUAAUGUAUUAACGUGAAGUAAAUAUAAAAAUUGCGUUUGUGUUUUGUUGCUUCGAAGUUUUAUUUGCAACAUUUCUGUAUAAACUUAAAUAAACAUUUUCGGAUAAGGGUUGACUGAUAAUUAAGACCUUUAAGCUUAAAAGUAAACACAAAAACAAAUUGAAAAGCUCUGAGACAAGUAAUGGAAUUUGGUUUGAAUACGGUUUUUGCGCCGUCGACGCAAUCCAAAAUAGCAGUUGAAGUAUUUCCAACGCUGGAUCGCCAAAGUGAUAAUAGUGCUUUUAAUAAAACCUGCGAUAACAACGCUGGUAAUGGCGCCAAUGUUGUUGACCACAGCAUUUUAAAUUUGUUUGCCUCACCGAAGGAAUGUUGUAUAAAGAAAGAAGAUUUGCCAACUAAAGACCAGUAUGAGCUAGCGUCGCUAAUCCUUAAGAACGCACUAAAUGUAAGAAGAAACAAUGUCGAUAUAAUCGAGAGUCAGACACUGACUCAAAAGCAAAAAAACAAUUCGAAAAUACUCCAGUGCAAUAGCAGUGAUCAUGCGCUGCAGCAGCAGCAAAAGGAAGUGUUUGCGAAAACGUCAGAUGACUUGUUGGCUGCUUUGAGAGUGAAAAACACAAAUACAACCAGCAAACUGAUUAAAAACAAACAGAUCGCCACUCCAAAUGUACCAACAUCAUCAUCUACAUCAGCAUCAGCAUCAUCUACAUCUACAUCAGCAACAUAUUCAUCAAUUUUAGCCGCACCAGCAACGAAUUCCUCAAGCUCAACAUUCACAGUGGCCGCAUCAAGAACACCAGUUAUGAGCACAAAACCUGCGGCUAGUACAGUAAAUGGCAUCAAAAAUGGUUUACAAAUUCCGUCCGAUAUCCUUGAUGAUUUGGCAAGUCGUUUUAUUAUUAAUGUUCCCGAUAUGGAAUUGAGCAAUUUUAUAAGGAUUUGCUUUCAAAUUGAGUUGGCACAUUGGUUUUACUUGGAUUUCUUCUGCGCUGCAGAUCAGCAACAGCAACGCGAUGAAGCAGGCAAAAAGAGGAAAUUACCAUCUUGCGGUAUGAAACAGUUCGCGAUACAAUUAUUUCAGCAUAUUCCAUUUCUACGUGAACAUUUAUCGUCAAUCGAUAAAAUAUUAGAUGAUUGGAAAAAUUACAAACUAUCAGUGCCCACCUAUGGGGCCAUACUAAUAUCCGAGGAUCUCAAUUUUUGCCUUUUAGUGCAAUCUUACUUUGCUAAAAGCUCAUGGGGCUUUCCCAAGGGGAAAGUCAAUGAGAACGAAGAUCCAGUGCAUUGCGCCACGAGAGAAGUUUAUGAGGAGACUGGCUACGAUAUAACUAAAUUAAUAGUACCAAAUGACUACAUUGAGGCUGUGUUCAAUUAUCAAUAUACACGCUUGUACAUAGUGCGCGAUGUGUCUCUAGAUACGCAAUUCUCACCGCGGACUCGUAAUGAGAUUAAAUGUUGUGAUUGGUUUCCGAUCGAUUCGUUGCCGGUCAAUAAAAAUGAUGCCAUAUCAAAAGCCAAAUUGGGUAUAAACGCCAAUUCAUUUUUUAUGAUAAUGCCAUUUGUUAAACCACUUAAAAAGUGGGUGCAUGAUAAGCGCUCGGGUUUAGAGACGCAACGUAAAUAUUCUGGCGCAGUCGGAAGUAAUUCGUCUGAUUUUACAAAUUCCCCUGCAACGCUGAUGACAACAGCAGCGGCGGCCACAGCAGCAGCUGUAUGUGGCGGCACUUAUAACUGUAAUAAUCAAAAGCACACAAAUGCAAAUAGUAGUAGUAAGAAGAUUAAACCACAUACAAAUUAUGAUGAUAAGCAUAACGCCUUAAAAAUGAGUGGUGGAAAUACAGCUAAUUGUGGCAAUAGCAAUAAUGCAACUGCAGCAUCAACAAGCAACAGCAGUAAUCGCUCAAAAAGACAGCGGCAUAAAUCGAUGGGUGAUUUGGAUGGUAUUAAACUAAAUAACUUAAGUUCAAAUAAUUGUAAUUUAAAUACCAUUUGUAAAAACUCAUCUAACAUGAUAACAACUGCCUCUGAUAACAUUGAACCAAUUACGGAAUCGAUUUCUAAUAAUGGUGAGUCUGGUAACUGUAAAACAGGAUCAAAUCAUAAGCGCAAUGGCAGUUCAGUAAAACUGGUUACUGCCGGCAGCAGCAAUAACGGACAAAAUAGCAACAACAAUAAUGUGGCUGGCUGCACGUCAUCCAAACGCCAAUUGUUUCACAGUCAAAGUCAAAAUGGCAGUAACCAAAAUGGAGAAAAGAUUGUCAGCUCCUUCGAUUUGAUUCGCAAAGAGAAACAACAGCAAUUGAAGGCAUCAGCCGAAAAAGCUUCAAAGGUACAAAGGCAACAGCAGCAAUCGCAAUCGAAUGCCAGCUAUAACAGCGGACGGGUGCGCGCUAAAUCGCAGAGUGAUAAAAUGUGCGUACAACAACAAAGUACUAAUAAAAACAGUAACAGCAACACCAAUAACAAUAACAAUUGUGGUGGCAAUAACAAACAUCGCGUACAAAAACAAUUAUCAAUGAUUAUUGUUAACUCAAAUGCUAUAACUCAUAGUGAUAAUAAAAGCAAUCACAACAACAAUAAUGCGAUUAACAACACUGCCGCCCAUAGUGCUCGAGUUGCAUCUAAUCCUACACCAACGGCGUCCACUGGCGCCGAAUUACUCGCAUUUGCUGUAGAAGCAGCCUCAACUCCAAGCUUAACAUCAACAACGAAUUCGGCCCAGAAGCCACGGCCAGCAUCGGCAACUUUGCAUUUUGCCACACCGACAGCUGGUCAACCAACUCAAGAACUACAGCGCAUGGCAUCGGGCACAAAUUUGCGUAUCCUAAAACGCAGUACAUCAUAUAAUACACAGCAGCCGCAGCCGCAGCAACAAGAACUGCAGCCAAAAAAGAACUUAAUACAAAUAUUGCAACAACAAGAAGCCACGUCCGAACAGACACAACAGUUUGAAACUGAACAAGAAGUACGUCAUCGGCAUGAACAGCAGAAAUUCACACCCAGUUUUAGUUCCUGGAUGAAUUUCUCAUUUACAAAAAAUUUUAUUGCAAAUGUGUUUUGUUAGGAAACACGCCAAUCAAUGAGAAAGUAGCCGAUUGGUUAAAAUAUAGGAUAGUGGAGGAAAAGCAGAAUUAUUGUAUGCGAGAUGUAACAGUUAAGAAAUCGAGGGAAGUGUUUUUUUUUUGUUUUUCUUUUUUUUUUUUUUUGAAGACAAGCUUGAAACGAUUUGAGACCUUAUUUGAAACGAAAUUUUAGAAAUUUUACAACAAAUACAUGCAUUUUUCAAAUAUUGAAUUGAAUCGCAUGUUUAGUAAGUGGCGGAAAUAUGCGAAACAGGACAUAGUAGGAACUGAGAUAUUUGGAGUAGAAGAAAAUUGCAAAAGUUUGACAAAAAUGAUAAAACAUUUGAGUUGGUAUAUUUGUAACACAAUUUUAGAAUUUCAAAAAUGAAAUAGGCAAAUUAAUAUAACUUUUUAUGCAUUUUCUUCAAUGCUUCCUUCGCCGUUUUAACUGUUUCUUUUCUAAGUAUACCAACUACAAAACCACUUUAUUUAUUUCUAUUGAAAUUUAAAUUUUUUCUUUACUUUGAUAAAAACGGAAGCGUACAGACGAAAUUCAUUUUUUUUUCUAAUUUUGGUUCAAUCUAUAUAAAAUAAAAAUACAAACAUAAAUAAUUGUCUGCUUUUGUUGGGACACUACAAUUUCUCCAAUACUUUAUAAAAUUUUUAAAAAGUAAAUUAUUGUGAAACUUAAGUUUUAUAAAAUAAAAUAUUAGAAUAAUUAUAAAUCAUUUAACGAAAAUGCCACCUACAAAUAGUGAGAAACCACUAGACGACUAAUAGGUAGGCUAUAAAGCGUAACAGUAGCCAUAAAUUGAUGGUACAAGUACCAACUAAACCAUCAUUUCAUUCCAUCAUCACGCUCUACCAACGCCUUGUGAUAGUACAAUAAAUUUUACUUUUAGUUUAAUUGAUAAAUCAUACUGUAAAUCAUAUAUAUGUACUGAAAUGUAAACAAAAAGUGCAAAGUAACUUGUCGUGUACAGAAAUGAAAUGCCUAUUUUUUGUCGCUCUAUUUAAAUGCUCUCAUUGGGUUCUUCCAUUUUUAUAAUGAAGAUUAAUUUCGGUACAAAUAUAUUCUUGCUAUUUUCAUGUGGCAUUUGAGCGCAAAAAAUGUACAACGUACCUCGAGUUAUUGCAUUUUUACUAUUACUCAGAAUAAUGUUCAAAUUUCUAUGAAAGUGACAAAUUACUUACAACUUUCAUAACAUAUUUUUGUGUAAUUGUAAUUUGUAUUCAAGUUUUCCAGUUAUUAGUUCCUUCUUAGGUAUUUAUCUUUCGGCUGAAAUAAAAAGCAAAACUACUUACUUAUAUAUGAAGUCGCAUGAGGCAGAUUAACAUAAAACAAAAGAGAGCCUUUGCAUCAUGACCACAAUUCGAACAUUUAUGAGUUACCCUAAGAGACGGCUUCAAUUGGCUUUAAUAUGAAGAUAAAUAUACUUAUAUUUAAUUGUUUUGAUUUUUUUUUUUAGUUUUUCUCAUUAAGUUAAUUUAGUGCGAAUAUUUUUGUAGUGCAGUUUGUUCGCACAAUUGAAGUUGGAACGUCGAAGAAAGAAAUUUAAUAUCAAAUGUGUUUUCACUUUUUAUUUUGCUGACGACGCGUAGAAUGCAUAGAUUUUUCUAUUUUUAUAGAUACAUACAUUUUUGUGUUACUAUAGGAAUAAUUUUUUUUUUUUAAUUUUGAUUUUAAAAAUACUAAAGUAUUUGAAUAUAUUAGGGCAAUUCACAAUUCACUGCAAAUGAUCUGGCGUCAUGGCAUUCGCAAAUUGUGAUGACAAAUGCAAGUAAAUAUAUUUUGAUGUUGUGUUGCCAGGGCCAAUUGUAAAUGCCAGCUUAAUUUUACUUAAUUGUGAAUUGCACUGAUAUGUGAUUUGAACAGGCUGCCCAUUUGGUACGAGCUUGGAUUAGUUAACUGGCAGCCAACUGAAGGAAGUGGCGUUCAAGUAAUUUCACGUUUCAGUGAUUUCUUUUACUAUAUUUUUUUUAACCCAUUAAGAAGAGGGAAUACUGUUUUAAGAUAAAAAUUUGUAGAAAUUUCAAUUAGCUAUUAAAAAGUGCAAGCACAUUUGAUAAAAUAAAAAGAACUGCUAAACUCCAAAUGCCAGUUUUAUGAAAUUUAGUCAAUAUGAUUUUGAAACUCUAAACGUUAAUAACUGGAUUAUUUUAGAAUUUAGUUUCAGUUUACAGAAAUUUAAUUAAAAUUCAUUCACUGUUUUUAUAAAAGUUUUGAAAACUGGCAUUACGAGAUUUGGCAAUGUAAAACAAAAAGAACAAAAAAAAACCAAAAAAAAAAAAAUAGGUAAAUCAAAAAUAUCACUCAGAACAUCCAAAAACUCAAAUUACGAACAAUAAACCAGACAAAUAAUGGCCCAUAAAAAUUGUAUACUUGUGAACAACGUGUAAAAGAGUGAGUUGAUUCCGACUCGUAAAACAUCCAAUAAAAUUUAAACAUAUUUUUUGACAAAGUACAGAAUAAAAAACGAAUUUUGAAAUCUUGCUAAAAAUUCGUACAGAUUGAAAAACGAAUUUUGAAAUCUUGCUCAAAAUGCAUACAAAAUAAUAAACGAAUUUUGAAAUCUUGCUAAAAAUUCAAUAAAAACUGCAUAGUUCUCGAAAUUACAUACUUUUUCUACUUUUUCUCACAAAUUUCGAUUUGUAAAAAUAAAUUUUCGCAGUAAUUUUCUUUGAGUUUUUUAGCUUACACUUCUUAGUUGAAGUUGCAGUAAAUGUUGCGAAUUGAAAUACAUACAUACAUGCAGUAUUUCCGCAUUUUUCGCGAAAUAUUUUACAAUACAGCAUUAAAAUGCUUUAAAAACACGUUCCCGUGGCAUUUUAAGUGCCUUAGUCUACUAAUAGUAAAUCAGAUUUUAAACUUUUAUAUUUAAAUAUUGGCAAACGCAUAAACAAAUCUUACAAAAGGUGAACCUAGAUUAUAAAAUGUGAUUAAAAUGCAAUAACACAAAACAAAAACAUUUGCCAGUCAUAAUUAUUUACUUCAACAAAGUAUUGAUUGUGUUUUGAAUAUAAGUAAAUAUUAUAGUGUGGGCGUGAAAUGAACUGUAAUUUGGAUUGCUUCUUACUCUCGUAUGCAUUUUAAAAUCAUAUGUUGUUACUGUUUGUAUGUAGUUAUCAUUUUACCACGACGCAUAUCAUUUUUGAAAUAUUGACGUUUUACUUCUUCCUCAAUGAAUAAAAUUUUUCUACAACUUUUAAUAAAAAAUAACUUAUUUUUAUAGCAGAAAAACUAUUAUAUUUCCAAAAUUUUAACAAUAUUUUUCCGAAAUUGUGACGAAACUAUACAA